AUGGCAGAGGUGGCUCACGACGAGAGGUGGGAGGCAUCGUCCGACCGUCAAGGCGGAAAGAGUAACGACACCAGGGAUCAACAUGAUGACACCAGGUCUCAGCAGAAUGGACACGGUUCUGAGAGCGAGUUCAGGACAACUUCCAAGGCCCAGGAGCAGCGCAGGGUGUUUGAUGAGCCCGAGAACCGCAGAAGGAACGAUGACACGUCCAGCAUUGCCUCGUUCGAGCAUGGGCACGCCGCGCCCUCCAGCGCGGGGCCGACAGUGACGCAGGACGAUGAUCCGACGACGCACGAGGUACGCUACACGGCGGAUGUGGGCCGGGACAUCGAGGGCGCCGGCGGCAAGAGCCUGCUGAUGGCAGCUUCCCCGCAGCUGGCGCAGGACGUGCGCGCGGCGUUCGCAGGCGUUCCCCGCGUGAAGCCCCAGUGGAACGACCGCCACCUCAAGAUCCUCAUUGUGGGCGAGAGCGGCCUCGGCAAGACCACGUUCAUCAAGAACCUGCUGGCGCCGUACGCUCAGGACCCGGACGUGAAGGUCAACAACGUGGCGGGGCACGAGGCGCUCAAGACAUUCAUCGAGACACCUGAGAAGCUGUCCACCACAGUCCUGGUCAACGACCACAACUCCCUCACCUCCUUCCACUACCGCGUGCAAGAAACGCCGGGCUACAACACGCUGGAGGAGUGCCGGGAGCCCAUCCUGGAGUACAUCAAGCGCCAGAACAGCGAGCACAUCGACCGUGAGCAGGACGCCAAACGUGCCAACCCGCUCACCAAGUUCACCGACUCGCGCGUCGAUGUGGCCCUGUUCUUCAUCGCCCCCCACCGGCUGCGCCCCAUCGACAUCGAUUUCAUGGCCCAGCUGGCCGAUCUUGUGCCUGUGGUGCCGGUGUUGGCCAAGGCUGACAGCAUGACUGUGGAGGAACUGCGCGACUUCAGGCGCCACGUCCAAGAGCAGCUGGCACACGCUGGGAAGAAGCACAAGAAGGAUCUGCUACACGCGUUCUCUGAGGAGGCCCUGGACGCUGCCGGCGCCCGCCGCGAUGCGCCGCCCUUCGCCGUUGUGGCUUCCACCACCAUGGACCUGUCAGUCGGCCGGUUCUGGCCGGUGAGAAAGUAUCCGUGGGGCACGUGCGAGGCGCUGUCGAGUGUGCACUCGGACGUGGGCGCCCUCAAGCGGCUGCUCUUUGAGGAGGGCUAUGAGGAGCUGAAGGCGGCCACAGAGGAUCGCUACUACCACUACCGCUCCCAGCAACUGCUCAACCUGGACGACCCCUCCCUGCCGGUGCGGCGCGGUACGCUGGCGGAGCACCUGUACCGGGCGGUGGCCAAGCCCAAGAGCGGCGAGCAGCAGCGCAUCCGCAAAGCCAUCGGCAAGGGGCUCAAGUACGCCGUCGGCGGCGCCGUGUUCUACUUCGGAGUUGCGCUCGUUCUCGGCGGCAAGGCGCGCGUGCGCGAGGACCUUGAGAAGCUGCAGGAGAAGGGCGGGGAGGCAGCGCAGUGGACGGCGAACAGGGCCGGCGAGGCGGGCGGCGUGAUUGCUGACAAGGCGGGCGAUGUCGGCGGUGUCAUUGCUGACAAGGCUGAUUACGUGGCGGAGGUCACAAAGGAGAAGGUGGUUGAUGCGAGCGUCACUGCCAAGGACUUCACCGUGCGCAAGGGCAAGGAGGUCGGCAGCGCUGCGGCUGAGAAGGCCGGCCAGGUGAAGGAGGCAGUGCAGGAGAAGCUGAUGAGCGAGGAAGAGCUGGAGGCCAAGCGCAGGGAAGAAGCCAAGAAGAAGCGCUGGGGACCUUUUGGAAUCUUCCCAGGUGGCAAAUAG